AAACUUUUUCUGGUCAUUCUAAAGGUUUUACUAUAGUAGUGUAUUUUAAAACUAUUUGUGGUCAUUCUAAACAUUAUACCAUAGUAUGUGUAUUUGAAUACUUUUUCAGGUCGUUCUAAACAUACUAUAGUAUACUGGGAUAGGAGACAGAGUUGAGUUGCCAUAGCGACGGAACAUUCCACAUAUCUUCUGAGGUUUUUUUUUGUUGUAGCCUUGCAGACUCAAGGGCGCCAGAUUCCGAUUAGAAAUUGUUUUGGGGCCAGACAGAGAUAAUUUCCUCUCUGUCUUACAGUUUGUUGGUCCUCAACCUGUCAAAAUCCCAGUAAUGGACCUUAAACUAUCCCAAUCCGUGUUGAUUCGUCCACUCUAUCCUUCAUGGCAUCCAUCUUCUGUGCCAAUGAAUGAAUCCCGGCCAAAGUUCCAAGCUUAUGAUUCAUCUUGACAAUUAUGUGAGUCUUUGAAUUCACAGCGCGGUGCAAGCCAUCUCUGAGUUCGGGGAUCAGGCCAUUAUUCCUCUACAGCUCGUUAAUUUUCCGGGAAGACAGGAAGCCUCCAAGGCCGAUCGGCAGGAAACCCAACACCACAAAUAUCCACACAUCUUCAGAGUCCUCCACAGACAUCUGGCCUGUCCCGGAGGGGCAUCCAAGAGCCCCUUCUCCCGUUCUCAUCGUUGAAAACAUUUCAUCAACCGCGUUGAGUGACCAACUGACGAGAUCCAUUUAAGUGAAUUUCAGUUUCCAGAAAAAAUGCAGAUGCAGCCGUGCACCCAACACGCAUAGACAGACAAAGGCCUUGAGGACAAGACAUGGAGGAGAGAAGAAAAGCGUCUGCACCCUCCAAGAGCCGGAAGAAGAGAAUUUCAGGUCAUUCUAAACAUUAUACUAUAGUAAGUGCAUUUUAAUACUAUAUCUGGUAAUUCUGAACAAUAUACUAUAAAGUGUGUAUUUUAAUACUUUUUCAGGUCAUUCUAAACAUUAUACUGUAGUAUGUGUAUUUCAAUGCUAUUUCAGGUCAUUCUAAACAUUAUACUAUAGUAUGUAUAUUUUAAUGCUCUUUCAGGUAAUUCUAAACAAUAUACUAUAGUGUGUGUAUUUUAAUACAAUGUGAGGUCACUCUGAAAAUUAUACUAUAAUAUGUGUAUUUUAGUACUAAAUCUGGUCAUUCUAAACAUUAUACUAUAGUAUGUGUAUUUUAAUGCUAUUUCAGGUAAUUUGAAACAAUAUACUAUAGCGUGUGUAUUUUAAUACUUUUUCAGGUUUUUCUAAACGUUAUACUAUAGUAUAUGUAAUUUAAUGCUAUUUCAGGUCAUUCUGAUCAUUAUACUAUAGUAUGUGUAGGGGUUUCCUAUUCAGCUUCCAUUAAUUUUUUAACAAAUUAAAGGACCUGUUACUUCUGUACAAUGGCUUUAAAGUAAAUUAUCAUUUGACCUCUCAUUCUACAGACUAAAAAUGAAUUUAAACUUCAAAUGCUAUUUUGCCAGUGGAAAUAUGAAACACAGACCCAGCUAUAUGCAGUUUGCUGAAAUGAAAAACAUGCAGAUGCAACUUUUCAAUCUGCAACAGGAAGUCACAAAAGUCCAAGCCAUUGGAGAUGACUCCCAGGUGGGAGGGGCUCAACCCCUGUGCUCCGCUGAUUUGCCUCCAGAUAAGAUGGAAACGCUACAACCGGAUGUACUGAUUGGCUCUGAACUACAGGAAACACACAACAUGUCCCAUAUCGCUCCAUCCACAUUGAUGAGAAGUGCAACCUCCACGGAUAGUGGCCCGGCACCUCUGGUGUCGAGCCUGACGAACUACUGUUGGGACCUCUCCUGCCACAGGGUGUGUUCUUCUAAGACUCUGCUCCAAUUCACGAUUGGUCCCGUGAGCUUGACACACCCCGUGUACAUCUGUGAGAGUGGAGCCAUGCCUUUGCUCAUUGGCAUCGAUGUUUUGAUGUGCUUUGAUGCUUUUAUCAAUAUUGGGGAACUGAAGGUAGGUGUUAGAAAACCUCUGCCAUUCACUCCACCUUCUUUCCCCGACUCACGCUGCCUUGCGGUAGGUGAUUCUGAGCAUGGGGGAACCGCAUGCUCACUGCCGAGCUCAAAGCCAUCAGAGACUCCCUCUGAUGUUUUUUCUCAGAUUGAACAGUUCGUGGACCAAGCAGAUGCUCUUACCAACGAUGUCGAGCGAGACAAACACUGACAACUUUUGU